AAACAGGUCUAAAACCCUCCUCAAUUCUUGAAUUUGUGUGCAUUAUAAUUGUAAUAUUAUUAUUGUUAUUAUUAUAUGAAUAUAUAUCAAUCUGUAUCUAUUUUUUUGUAUAUUUUCUUGGUUUGGUUGUGAGUAAAAGGCUGAAAGAUUCAAGAAAGUUUGGAACUUGGGUUUAAUUAAUGGCUGGAUAUUUGACAACUUCGAUUGCAUUUCAUAUAACACCACUUGGGCUAUCUGAGUGCUAUAAUACUACUAGAUUACAUGUAGCGAGUUUUUCGGAAAGUUUCAGUUCAGACAUUUCAUCGAACAGUUGGAGGGCGAAACCGAAAGAAGUAUCUAGAGGUAGUAGAGUUGAUAAGUUUGCCCCCAAGGUUUCGCUUGCAUACGGGUCAGUUGUUAAGGAACAUUCGGUGUGGGACGAUAAAUAUGAAGAAGUUGGUAAUGAUGUUGGUGAGGCUGAAGUUGUUUAUGAGAACAGGCUGCAGUUUUUGGAGGAAAGAGAUGAGAAGAAUCUUUCAUGGCGCCUGUUGAAGCUUAGUAGGGCGGAUAAGGUUAGAAGCGCGCUGGAGCUUUAUGCGUCUAUGGAUUUCAUGGGUCUAAGACCUGAAUCUCAUGCAUUUAAUGCUCUACUGUCUUGUUUGCUAAGGAAUGACGAGCUUGAUGAUGCGUUGCAAGUUUUUGAAUCGAUGAAAUCGUAUGAUAGAACAAGUGGACAUAGCUAUAACUUGAUCUUACAAGGGGUUGCUAAAGCUAGAGGCUUUGAAGCGGCGUUUCAAAUGUUUGAACAGCUUAUGAGCGACGAUGAUCAUAAGAGGAAAGUUGACCAGGUUUUGUUUAACAUGAUGUUAACAUUGUGUCGGGAUGAAAAAGAUUGGGUCAAAAGCGACAGGGUUUGGAGGAUAAUGAAGGAUAAUGACUGUGUUGGGAAUUUAGUCACGUAUCGUUUGUUGGUUACUAUAUUUCUUGUGUAUUGUCAGUAUGGUUUGGCGAUUGAAGCGUAUCUUGAAAUGGUUCAAUAUGAGGUUGAACCAGAUACCCGCACCACUGAAGCUGUUAUAAUGGCGUUUGCUAAAGAUGGAAGAUGGGAUUUUGCGUUAAGUGUGUUUCGUGGUAUGAUGAAAAGAAAAGAGAAUCCGAAUAUUAUCAUAUUCAAUGCCUUAAUUCAUUCACUUGGGAACAAUGGUCAGGUUAAUCUUGCCUUUAAAGUCUACGAUUGCAUGAAAUCUUUAGGGCAUGUUCCUACGUCAUAUACAUGGAAUGCACUGCUCGUUGCUUUAUGUAGAGCAGAGCAAUAUGGUGAUGCACUUAGGCUUUUCGAAAGAGUCCAACAAGAGACUCCGUCUGCCCUUGGAUUGCAUUUGUAUAAUACUGCACUAACGGCCUGCAAGAGCCUUGGUGCAUGGAGAAGAGGGUUGCAGAUUCUAUGGGAGAUGGAAAAUUUGGGACUGCCGAUUCAUGUUACAUCAUAUUGUCGUGUGAUUGGAGCUUGUGAAGUUGGAAAUGAGCCAAGAGUCGCGUUGCAAGUAUAUCAACGCAUGGUUCAUCAAAAGCAAACUCCAGACACUUUAACUCUGUUGUCACUGAUUAGAUCUUGCGUCUGGGGUUCUCUUUAUGAUGAAGUGCAUGAAAUACUAAAGAUAGUUCCACCAAAUGCACAUCUUUAUAAUGCUGCAGUUCAGGGUUUUUGCCUAAGAAAGAGGACCGAAUCAGCAACCAAGUUGUACCAGGAGAUGCGUGAACUAAGGCUUUCAGCCGAUCACAAGACACGAGCGAUGAUGCUGCAAUUCUUACCAAGAAGCUAACUUCGGCUGUAGCAGCUGAUCAUCAAUCUGUUGUUGUAUACCUUGUAAAAAAACUUUUGAUUUGUUUUUGUUGUAUUUGGAACAAGUCAGUCAUUUAUAACAACGAUAAUGGUAAUAGAUGGUUUGAUUAUCAAAAA